UGCUCAGCCUUCUGGGAGCUGCGCGGAGCAGAGCCGCACCGCGCGGGCACCGCGGUGAUGGAGGAGUUAAGCCCGAAAUCCCCGAACCUGUGCUGAGUUACUGAGGACUGGCGCCGGAGGCCUCAGACUUUUACUUCUCACGUACCACGUUCAGCAUGCUGCUGUUCUGUCACUCGCUGCUUGGAGCCUUUCUUCCACUCUUCCUCCUUUCAGGGAAUUGGGUUUCAGCAAAGAAUAUCAACUUUUACAAUGUGAGACCUCCACUGGACCCCACUCCAUUUCCAAACAGUUUUAAGUGCUUUACCUGUGAUAAUGCAGUGGACAAUUACAACUGUAACAGAUGGGCUGAAGAUCGGUGGUGUCCUGAAAGUACACAGUACUGCCUGACAGUUCAUCUCUUCACAGACCAUGGGAAGAGCACAUCGGUCACCAAAAAAUGUGCUACUGGGGAUGAGUGCCAUUUUGUAGGCUGCCAUCAUCACAGGGAAAGCGGUCACACAGAAUGUGUUUCUUGCUGUGAAGGCAUGAUUUGCAACGUGGAGAUCCCAACCAAUCACACAAACGCAGUGUUUGCCGUGCUGCACGCGCGGAGGACGUCGGACGGCAGCCGGCGGACGGUCAGCACUGCAGUGCUUGUAGCAGUCGUGGCAGUCGCACUGUCGUGAUGCAGCAUCCUCCCAUUGCACCACUUGCCUUUGUGGGCCCUUGGAAAUUGUAAGGAGCUCAGCAGGCUCAAGGAGAAACCACCAAGACUUCUCGAUUGCAUAAAAUGUGAGAGGACGGUGGGAAGAUGUUCACACAUCAUGCAGUCCUUGGGUUCUAAUGAAGAUAUUUCAAAUGGUCCGCAGUAUUUAAAGAAGAGCAAAACAUGCACACAGAAAAAGCACAACAGGAAACCCAAUGGUGACUGGGCAGUGAGGCAGAAUCAAGUUGUUAUGACUCCCUCUUUUGCGAUGAAAAUGCACGUGUGGUUUGUGUGUUUUUGAACAAAGUAAAGGGGAUUCUGUAGACAAUCAGGUGAGAUAAAGGGGAGCUCUCAGUGGACCAUGUGCCAAUUUGUGUUUUAAUGGAAAGUGUUUCUAAGCUGUUUAUCACUAUGCAUGAAUAACACGGGCUGUAAGCUGUAUGUAAGCUUAUCGUUAGUUAUGGUUUUUCAUAGUUAUGGUUUUCAUAUGAAAGGAGUUUUUCUGUUCUGAUCAGAGCUAUCAUUUCUAUGAGAAAUAAAAUAAUACUUUAUGCCUCUCUUUCCUAUAAGAUGUCUUGCACUGGAAUUAUAAAGCAAUAUGAAAUUAGGUAGAGUUUCUAUCCGAAAAGGAUGAGCUGGUUGAGCACCUAACUCAGAGUUCAUUAAUGUCCUCAGUGGCAGUAUUUUCUUACAGUAAGGUCCCACCUCAAGUGCUCACCUCAGCUUCUGAGUCCUUCUCUUUGUUAUAUUGGCAUGGCAGUAACGCCACAGAUUUCAAAUUGUGGCUGCAAUUGAGCAGUUACUUUACCAUAAAAAUGGCAAGCGAGCCUUUGUAUAAAUAAGGAGAGAACUGUACCAUGUGUUCUCUUUGGUCUACAGAAGAUUUUCCCAGAAAUGCUGCUCUCCUUGAUGGAUCAGAAGUCAGCAACUGGAUAUCCCAUGCCUCUGGACAUAGCUUUAUCUAGCACUUGAAAAGUUUAGGCCAUACUCUGUUCCUUUUUUUUACAGUAUUACAGUGAUUAAUGUCAUUUAUAUGCCCAGCUUUGACUAUUUGAAUCCCUGUCAUACAGAUGACAGUUCAUUAAUUAGAUGAAGAGCUGCAAACAUCUCAGUACAGUGAGAUGUACUGGAACCUUUGUUUCCUUCUGUGAAGCCUGAUGCAGACCAGCACACCCAGGCUGCUCCAGUGAGCUCCCACCCCUUCCAGCUGCACAGAUUGUCCUGAGUAUGGUCCACAAUAAGUCAGAUGUACAGUUACUUCAUUAAUGCUCUAGCUUAUUUAUGUUCUUUGCCCUGCAAACUCCCUGAUGGUACAGGCCAGCAGGUACUAAUUUCGGAUUGUUAUCAGGAUAGUUUUAUAUGAUCAUGAAUCUAACAUUUCAGCUGCUCCUCUUUGCCAAAUUGAGCUUCUUCAAACUCUCCCUUCUCCAGCAACCCAAUAUUUCAGCACAGCUAAGGAUUUCAGUGGAACAGGUUGCCCAAGGAGGCUGUGGAUGCCCCAUCCCUGCAGGCAUUCAAGGCCAGGCUGGA